AUGCCUAAGCGCGUUCACAGCGCAAGUGAUCGUGACGAUGACAUCGAACCGACUAGUAACCAAAGUGUACUAAAACGUACACGAAAAGUAAUCGAUGAUCGAGAGACAAAUGAUCUUUGUCAAGAAUUGUAUGAUGCUGCACGCGCUUAUAAAUCUGAAGAUGGUCGGAUUGUUUGUGAAAAUUUUAUACGUUUACCAAGUAAAAGAACCCAUGCAGAUUACUACACAUUAAUAAAGCAACCAAUUGAUUUAAUUCGUAUCCAACAGAAAAUUCGUACAGAUGAAUAUCGAACAUUAGAACAAUUUAUUGAUGAUAUACAAUUGCUUGUAAAUAAUGCAAAAACUUUUUAUCGAAAAAAUUCCAAUGAAUGGCGUGAUGCAAAUGAUUUAUCAAAAUAUUUCUUUUCUAAAAUAAAUGAUGAAAAUCCAAAUCGAAAACGAAUACUAAAAAAAAAUAAUGAAAUAGAUAACGAAGAAACGAUUGAAAAAAAACAACGUGUAAAUCGACAAUCAAAUGGAAUCGUACCUAAUGGUACAACCAUAAAAGUUGAACGUGAAGAAUCCAAUGAUAAUCUUUCAAUUGAUCCAUAUUAUUUUGAAGAAUUUUUUACAGCUAUUUACAAUGCAAACCUCAAUGAUCGUGUAAUGUCAGAAAUCUUUCUAUUUUUACCUUCGCGAAAAUUUUAUCCAGAUUAUUAUCUAAUUGUAACAAAUCCGAUCGAUCUAAAAAUGAUCGCGAUGAAAAUACAAAAUAACCAAUAUUUAACAUUAGAUGAUAUGGAAAAUGAUUUGUUAUUAAUGAUUUCCAAUGCAAAAAAAUAUAAUGAUCCAAAAUCACAAAUUUAUAAAGAUGCCUGUGCAUUUCGCAAACUGAUAACAUCUGUUCGACAUGAUCUUGAAUCAGCUCUAAAAACAAAAAAUGAUCGAUUAAGACCGCAUCAACGUGAAGAACUUUUAUCAACGGAAAUUGCUAAUAUAGAUUAUCCUGAAGAACCAGACGAUGAAGAUGUUAUAAGAAUACAACACGAUCAACAACAACAAAAUGAUGAUGGAGUGGAUUCAGAUACAAGUUCGCUUGGUGAAGAAGAUUCUUUUCGAAUUUUAUAUAAUGCUGUGAAAACUUUUAAACUUGGCGCACAAAAUCUUAUUGAUCCAUUUAUGAAAUUACCCAAGAGAAGAUUUCAUCAAGAUUAUUAUGAAGAAAUAAAACGACCGAUUUCUAUGUCAGUGAUUAAAAAUCAUAUUAAGAAAGGAGAAUAUAAUCACUUAGGCGAUCUUUUUGAUGAUCUUAAUUUAAUGUUUAAUAAUGCUAUGCAAUAUAAUCAAGAAGGAUCAUUAAUAUACAAUAGUGCCCGAAAGUUGAUGGAUGUUGCUCUUCUUAAAGCUCAUGAACUUGGUUUUGAUGAACAUAAACCACGUAUAAAAGAAGUUCGCGUCCAUAUUUCAUCGAUUCCUAUAAAAGAAGAACAUAUGGAGCAAUUAAUUAAUCAUCAAUCUGAAUCACGGAAUCAUUCAGCUUUACAAUCUUCUGCUCUUCAAUCACCGAAUUCUCAACGAGGUCGUCCAUCAAAACAAAUUCUCAAAUUUACCGAACAAAACAUCGAUAAUCUCUAUAAUUAUAUUCGAGAAUAUAAAGAAAAUAACAUAAGUUUAAUAACACCAUUUUUACAAUUACCAUCUGCAAGUGAAUAUCCAGAUUAUUAUGAAUCUAUUGAACAACCUAUUGAUAUGUCUAUGAUAAAAGAUAAAAUCGAUAAAGGCGAAUAUAAACGUGAACAAGAUAUCGUGAAUGAUCUAAAUCGUAUGUUUAAUAAUGCAAAAACUUACAAUGUUGAUGAAUCAUAUAUAUACAAAAAUGCAUGUCAACUUGAACAUAUAUUAGUUAGUAAAUAUAAAAAAUUAAUGAAUAAGAAAGAAAAAUUUAUGCGCACUUUAAUUGCAAAUCGUCCUAGUAAUCAAGGAAUAGUAAAAAAAUCAUCGAGUACAUUCAAUGAUAAAUUCAAUAAUAUUAUUCAAACAAUAAAAAAUUAUACGGAUCAUCAUGGACGAAUAUUAUCAACAGUAUUUUUAGCGUUACCAUCAAAAAUUGACUAUCCAGAUUAUUAUGAAAUAAUUCAACGGCCCAUUGAUCUAAAACGCAUUGAAUCACGACAAUAUUCAUCGGUUGACGAGUUAUCUAAUGAUUUACAAUUAAUGUUGGAUAAUGCUUGUUUAUAUAAUGAACCUGGUUCAACUAUUUAUAGAGAUGCACUUUUACUUCAGCAAGUUUUAAUUAAUGAAAGAAAAAAAUUAACCAAUGCCGAAUUCAAUGUUAAUAAUGUACAGAAUCUAGUUCAAGAUUUAAUUUGGAAUCUAUUUAUACAAACAUUCAAUGCUGAAGAUUUCAAAGGUCGCUUUUAUACUGAUUCGUUUACUGAAUUUUCGGAACAAACUGACAAUGAACCAUUUGAUAUUAUAUAUACAUAUGAUCUGAUUAAACAAAAUCUUAAUAAGCGAUGCUAUCGACGAUUGGACAUUUUUCAAGAUGAUCUAUUUAAAGUAUUUGAACGGGUACGAAAAUUGAGUGCAAUUGAUUCUCAGAUUUAUCAAGAUACAAUUGAAUUACAAAAAUAUUAUAUUGGUUUACGUAAUGCACUGUGUUCAAAUGGCAGUAUACUUCAAUCACCAGCACUUUUAUUUACUGAAAAUAGUUUACAACAAGAACUUAUUCGUGAACAAUCAGAGAAAGAUUCAUUGGCAAAUACUAAAAAUCAGAACAGUAUAUCGACUACAAAAUUAUCGGAUAUUGAUGAAAAGAAAGAAUCUUCAACAAAAUCUACUUUAUCAACCGAAAAUAGUCUUUUAUUUAAAGGUGAAACAUUUUAUGUCGGUGAUUUUGUUUAUAUUGAACCAAAUGAUGAAAAAAGUGAACCAAGUAUCAUUUGUAUUGAAUCAUUUGAACGUACGGAUAAUGAAGACUAUUUUAAUGGUUCACAAUUUUAUCGUCCUAAUGAAACAUAUCAUAUAGCAACAAAGAAAUUUCUUCGUCAAGAAGUUUUCUUAACACAAACUGUUGAACAUAUAGAAAUGAAUAAAAUUCAAGGUUUAUGUCAUGUUUUACAUGUAAAAGAUUAUUAUAAACUUGAACCUAUCAUUGAAAAUCAAACACAUUCAUCAUUAAAAUUUCAAGAUUCCGAUAAAGAUAUAUAUGUAUGUGAAUCACGUUAUAAUAUUAAAACAAAAGCUGUGAAAAAAAUCAAAUGGUGGAAUUUACCAGAAAAUAAACGUGUUAAAUUAAUUCCAAGAGAAAUCAUACUUGAACCUACACGCGAACCAUUGAAUAUUAAUAGUGAUAGUUUAUUACAUCGACAAUCAACGACUGAUAAUGAUUCAAUACCUGUCGAUAUUAUUGAAAAAAUUAAAGAAACAAUUCCAUAUGAUUGUGUUAUAAAUGAAAAAUUAAAUGAAAAUUUAAUUGAUAAAAAACAAUUUUAUGAACAAAUAGUUAUUUCAUCUAGUUGUUUCUAUAAAAUUGGAGAUUAUGUUUAUAUUCAUGAAAAUAGUAAUCAAGUUAAUAAAAGAUCUAUAGUGAGAAUAGAUCAGAUUUGGAAACAUAAUGAUUCAUAUAUAAUCAUCGGUCCAUUGUUUAUUCGACCAUACGAUAUAACUAAUCGAGAACAAUUAAUUGUAACAACUAAAUCUUCCUAUGAACGAGAAGUUCUUAAAUGUGAUGGUUCAAAAAAAGAGAUUUCUGUUGAAAAUAUUAUAGGAAAAUGUUCAGUACUAUCACUUAAACAUUAUUGUACUCACCGUUUAACUGAAAUUUCUGAAUGUGACGUUUAUGUAUGUGAAUCACAGUAUAUUCCAGAUAAUCAUAGUCUUCGAUCUUUAACAAAAGCAUUAAAAAGACCAUCAUUAUCAUCGAAAGCAUUCAUUGAUGAAAUCUGGAUUUUUGGUAAAGAACUUUCACUUCGACAAGAUACUGCUGGUGGUCCGUUCAAAUUGAUUGACGAUGGCUCGUUUAUGGACGUGGAUGAUCAAACAAAUAGCAAUCAUGCCAGUAACGUCGAUGGAGACGAGCAUCAAUCGAAUCAUUUGAACUCUGAUACGGCCAACAGUAGUAAUAAUACUAAUACUAAUCUGAGUACAUCAACUGUACCAAGUCGUAGUAGCACAAGUCGAAAAAAUAGUCGACGUGGAUCAUCAGCCCGUGCACCUUGUGGAUAUCUUGUAUUUGCAAGUGAAUCACGAAAACGUCUUAUUAAAGAUAAUCCUGGCAUUCCAUUCGGUGAAAUGAGUCGAAUGAUUGGCGAUCAGUGGCGACGAUUGACCGCAACGGAACGUGAUAAAUAUGAAGAAAAGGCGCGUGAACGAGCAAGAGAACAAGAGGUUAGCAGUGCGCCAACAACAACGCAAACAGCAAUAACAACUAACACAGCUUCAACAACAAUAGCCACUACAACUCACGAUUCACACAACAUGCCAGUUAUCAAUACACAACGAAUGGUUAAUGGAAGUGUUACACUAAAUGGACAUUAUCAAACAAAUCCUACUUUGUCGAAUGUUCAUCCAAUGAAUGGAAAUAUGCAAACAAUACCGAAACCACCGUCAGCUGCGAUUGUUACAUGUCCACCACGAACUCAACGACUUGUUCAUUCAGAAGCGUAUUUAAGAUAUAUUGAGAAUCUUAAACCAGAUAAUCAAUUUAUAUCUGAUUGGCCAAAACAAUUGAAAGCUUCAAUGAAUACUGUAUCGAAUACGAAUAAUGGAAAUAAUUCUUCACGAACAUUACCAUCGAAUUGGUUUUUAAAUGGUAGUCCCGGUCUUUAUAAUAAUGUUCAUGAAGCUUUAUGGUCGAUGAGAGAUAAUAUGUGGUCAGACGUUAUAAGAAUUCGUAAUGUACUUUCAGAUGAAUGGUAA